CAAGCCGGUGAUAGCGGUAGAGGACCUGUUGGAGAGACGAAGGUGAGGAAGUGGGAGUGCGAAGCUAAGGUGCGAAAGGUCAGUUGGCCUUGUGAGCACCCCAUCGGCGAGGGCACAGGGCAGGAGGCGAGGCUGUAAUUACCCAGCGCUUGGGCAGCCGUGUUUGCUGUUGCCUUGCACCGAGGACCGAAAAGCAGGCCUUCCCUCCUGGACGGGGUUGACGGCCGCUCCGUUAUUAGUCGUUGUGUACUGCAGGUGGCCACACUGGCAGCACCGGAUACCAUAGAUGACCCCAACAGACUCACAGAUGAAGUGUCACCUCACCUGGAACGACUGUUCGGGGCCCUGAAUGGUUGUGGUGUAGAGACAGGAAAAUAUGGAAAAUCUUCAACUAGGCUCCAAGGUUACUGAUACUGUAACGUUAAGUAUUGGUGAGGAGAUGAAUAAAGAGAAUAUGAAAACAGAGCUCCAGGAAUCUCAAACUCAGCAGCAGCAAUUGCUAUUUGGAACAGAAAAUAUUGACCUACGUGCUGAUACAUUUGUAUCGGAGCCCACAGAUAAAUUGCCUGAUACCUGUCAAAUGAAUCUGAUGGAUAAGCUUAAUGAACAGAUGAUGGAGAGUGUAAUAAUAUCUGACUCACCUAGUAAUAGUGAGGGUGAUGUUGGAGACCUAGCAAUGCUGCAUGACUGUGAAGAGGCUUUAGACAUGGAAUGUGGUGAUGUUCCACCAGUACGUUCUGAAAAGGAGGAUUAUAAAGAGGCUUCUGCUCAACAAAUUGAACAUGUAACAUCUGUACAUAAUGCUGAUGAUGAUAAAACUCCAAUACAGGAUGAAACGUCUGCCACACAGAAUCUGGAACUUGCAGUCGGAUCAGAAGACGAUCAAGUUCCAGAAGAAAGUCCUGAAAAUGGAUCAGAUGGCCAGGUUGACUUAGAAUUGCAGGAGAAACAGGGUCAGGUGCCAGUAACCACUCAUUCAGCAAAGGAUGAAAAUCUGCCAGUGUGCACAAUUUUUAAUCAGGACAAGCAAGACAAAGACCAGGUCAAUACUCCUUUGAAAGCAGAUGGCUAUGAACCGCAGAUGGUAAAAUCUCCCAGCUUUGGAACUAUCAUUGAUACUCCAAAUAAACCACUAUUUGGAGUUCAUCCAAGUCCUAGCCUAAGCAAAUUUUUCACAGACGAUGUCUGUUCAAGUUCAUCAGCAGCAGAAUUUUUUGACUCAUUUACAUCAACAUCUUUAAUUUCUGUUAGCAAUCCAAAUGCUAGUGCUUCAGUGCCUGAUCGAUUGUCCUCACUUUCUGCUCCAGGGAUAACGAGUCCAUCUAGCCCCACAAACAAAUCCUUCAUUAUAGGAAAUGGUAUAACACCUUCGGCAGCAUCAUCUACAGAAACAUCUCUGUCACCCAAGCCCUUCACUCAGCUCCAAGCAGCAUUUGCAGGAAGUGACGAUCCCUUUGCAACAGCAUUAAAUAUGAGUGAGAUAGACAGGCGGUAUGAUGCUUGGCUUCCAUCUGAAGAGACUAGGAAAAUUCUAAUUUCUGUAGCUACUCAACAGUACAACACAGUAUUCAUUGACAAGGAGAAGUUGACCAUGCCUGGUUUAAAGUUUGACAAUGUACAAGGUGAUGCUGUCAAGGAAGUAAUGCUGCGGUUUUUGGGAGAAGAGGCUGCAAUGAAGAGACAAGCUUUGACUGCAAAUGCUGUAGAACAGUCCUUUGUGGGACUCAAGCAAUUAAUAAAUACUAAGAAUUGGAGAGCUGCUGUUGAUCUCUGUGGAAGAUUACUCACAGCACAUGGUCAAGGCUAUGGCAAAAGUGGUCAACCAACAAACCACACGACAGAUUCUGUACAGCUAUGGUUUGUGCGACUAGCCUUGUUGAUGAAGCUAAGUUUAUUCCAAAAUGCUGAGAUGGAAUUUGAGUCAUUCGGGAACCUUGAUCAGCCAGAUUUGUACUAUGAAUACUAUCCUCAUGUAUACCCUGGACGCAGAGGGUCCAUGAUACCAUUUUCAAUGAGAAUCCUUCAUGCUGAGCUGCCACAGUACUUGGGGAAACCACAGGAAUCAUUGGAUAGGCUACAUGGCCUGAAAGUAAUUUGCCAAAAGGUUCAUAAUAACUUGGAAAAUGGACUAGCUGAAGAUGGAAGUAUGAUCAGCAUAUCCUCUGAGAAUAGACAAGCUUCUAUGCAGUUGUGGAGGUCACGUCUGGGGCGUGUGAUGUACUCGAUGGCAAACUGCCUGCUGAUGAUGAAGGACUAUGUGCUUGCAGUUGACAUGUAUCAUUCAGUCAUUCAGUACCAACCAGAACAAGAACCACAGCUUUUAAGUGGGAUAGGAAGGCUUCUUUUGCAGAUUGGUGACAUCAAAACAGCUGAGAAAUAUUUUCAAAAAGUAGAGGAAGUGAUUCCGAAAUUAGGAAAUGAAUUGCAGCAGAAUAUAAUCAUUCACAUGAACAGGGCAUUCCUGCACCUUGGUCAGAAUAACUUUGCUGAAGCCCAUAAAUUCUUCACAGAAGUUACCAAAUUAGAUCCAAGCAAUCCGGUGGCAAAUAACAAUGCUGCGGUGUGCUUGCUAUACUUGGGCAAACUGAAAGACUCCCUCAAGCAGCUGGAGGGACUCGUACAGCAAGAUCCAAAACACUACCUGCACGAAAGUGUUCUGUUUAACCUGACCACUAUGUAUGAGCUUGAAUCAUCUCGCAGCAUGCAGAAGAAACAGAGCUUGCUGGAGUCAGUAGCCUGUCGUGAAGGAGACAGCUUUAAUAUUCAGUGUCUAAAACUACUGUGAAACCAUCCAUGUUCUCCUGUUUGUAAUUAUUAUUGUAACUUAAUAUGUAAAUAUGUAAAUAUUUUACUGAACUUUAAUGUGUCUAUAUUUGGAGUAAAUAAUUUGUUUUUCCUUUCACAACUUGCUUCUGUUAGGGAUAAGGGAACAGUAUGAAUUUCAAUUAACCCAACUGAUGGUAAUAUUUUUUUUGCUCCUGCUGGUUCAUGCAACCUGGCCAGAGCUGUUAGAUAAUAUGAUUCCUGUUUUGUGAUUUUAAAUAAACCCAUAUAAUCACAUGGAAUUCAUUUAUUCCAAAGUACAUUAGUCUCAAGCAGCAGAAAUAAGCUUACAGGCAAACUAGAAUAAUGUAGCAUAGAAGCAGGCCUUUUUUUCCCCCACUGCCCAUUAAGCACCCAUCAACACAAAUCCCAGUUUAUUCUCUCCACAUUCCACUAUUCAGCAAUACACCAGGGACAGUUAACCCACCAAUCUAUAUAGCUUUAUGCUGUUUGAAGAAAGCAUAGCACUGUAUGACACCCAUUCUGUCAACGAAAAAUGUGCAAACUCCACACAGUUUAGAUUGGAGGUCAAAAUUGUAUUAGGUCAAGGAGCUGUGAAGCAUCACCGUGUUUAGGGGAUAGGUUUACACAUGCCAUAAACAACAGCAGGACGCAUGGCACAAGUUGCCAGCUUAUUUUCUACAUAUGCUCUGCAGCUGACCAUCAGGUAUGCAAAGUUUCAUCUUUCCAUAAAGGAGCGACUCACUCUGUCAUUUCCUAUUAUAAAUAUACAUGACUGCUUGCUGUUACACUCUGAAUUUAUUAAAUAUUACUCCAUUGUUCCAGCCAACAUUAAACAGCAGAUAUUGGAAAUCUGAAAUAGAAACAGAAAAUGACAGUAUUAUUAACAGAUCAGCAACGACGGUGGAAAGAGAAAAAGAGUUAACAUCUCAGGCUUGUAACAGCAUUUUCUAUUUUAAAGGGAUAGUUUAUCUGGUAUCCUGAGAACAUCUAGAACUCUCAGCAUGGUGAGAAAUUGAAAUGCAUUUAACAAUAUAGAAAUUGUUUAGGAAUUUCAAUUUCACAUUAGCUCUUUUAUUUUGUAUGUUGCUGUUAGCUGCGUGGAUAAUGUAAAAUGAAAUUAAAAUAGUUUACUGCAGCAGCUUGUUGUUACACAUAAAGUAUCUUUAAAAGAAAGCAAAAAUAUUAAUUUUAAUUCUAACUCUUUCUAGUUAUGGUGAAAAAAUGAUUGGUGCAGAAGCUGUAAUUGAUGCAAGUAUUCCCAGAAAAUUCUGCUUAUUUCUAGAUUUCCAGGACCAACAGUGGUUUCUUGGUAUUUCUCAAUCAAGUUUUCAGUAAGAUCUGAAAAUUCAAUAAUUGACACCAUCAGUACAUGGACUAGAAAAAAAAAAUCUAGGCCAAUCAGAUUGAACUCUGAUUAAUUAGGUUAUAGUUAAUCAAUUUGAAAUAAGUCCAAUCACUCCCUUCAGAAAAAUGGAGACUAGCUUUCUCUGUGUCAUUCAGAUUGAGAUUAUAAAAACCCAGUAAUGGUACUGAAUAAUGGGCUAAAGUAGAAAUGAAAUACUAGUGGGAGUAGACGUCAUCAUUUGCAUGACAGUCACACGUGUGCUAAGUAACGUCCUGAACUGUACUGCUGAAAGCAGAAGGAAAGAAACUGGACUAAAACACAGUAGGACAAGAGAAUUUUCACAUCCAAACAUCCUAAGAAUAUUUUUCUGCACAAGAAAUACAAAUAUUAUUCUUUAGAAGAAUGAGAAAGAAUCAGAAUAUUUGUAAACUACAGCAUGUAACAGAUUUUGCUUGCAUUUUAUAUAAACCUGUAACUGAUAUCAAAUUUUAGUAAGACAAUGAAAAUUUUGAUGAUAUAAAAGCUUCAUCUAUUGUGUUACAUCAACUAGAAUGAACCAAAUCAGCUGCACCUUAAAAUUCAAUAAAUCCUUACAAAUCCCUAAAUAAAAUUAUAAAGUUUUCAGUUGAACAUUUAGAACAAGUAUCCUUGAUUAAGGAGUAGUUUAAAAAGGUUUAUUUACAGCACAAAUUUUAGGAUUAGAAAGAGGAUGCAUAUUUCCUGAACAUGGUAAAUUAAUACAUGAGGAGCAGACGGCAUUAAAAUUUGACACUAUAAAAUUUUAGUUAAACAGAAGUGAACUGCAAGAUAAAUAUAUUUUCUUCAACAGAUAAUGAAUGAUUUUCUAAGGUAAUUGUUGAAUAUAUUAAAGUUUCUGUAAUGGCACUCUAAUCUUAGUGAUGCUACUUUCCCUUUAUUAAAUUAAAACUAAUUUGAAAGACAAAACUUGAAAAUGCAGAGUUAACUGAAACUUGUAGAAUUUUAUGCUGCUUGGUUAAGAAAUUGAACAUAAUUUGGCAAGCUUCCAUUUCAUCCGCUGGGGUGUAAAGUGUUCAAACAAGCUUUCUGACAGCCUCAUGGUUUCCAUAUACUUCUGCAAUAUAAAACCUCCAGUUACCAUACAAUCUGGUUGUAUAAGUUGGAAAUCCAUUUUCAAUUACAAUGUUAUCAUCUUAAGUAGUGUGGAAACAAUUGACUGGUUAAAAGAAAAACAAAAUAAAAUGCUAGAAAUACUCAGCAGGUACAGUCAACAUCUGCAGAUAAGAGAAACAGCAAAUGUUUCAAGUCAAUGAUCUUUCAUCAGAACUAGGGAAAGAAAGAAAAUGAUGGAUUUUAAGAGCACAUGAUUAAGGCCUUAAGAGGUAACAAACACACAUAUGAACAUACAAAUUAAGACUAAUCUGAUUGUAACUCUACAUUCUCUGUAAAUUUCAUUCUUUAAUCAAGUAUCUAUCUACCCUUACUUUAAAAAUUCUAAAGAUUCUGCUUCCAUUGCCCUUGAGAAAGAUGCACAAUAUGCUGUAAGAAAAAAAAAGCCUCAACUCUGUCUUAAAUUAUCUAUUCCUUAUUAAACAAUUUCCAAAAGGAUUAAAAAAAAAUUUCUGUGUGUACUUUGAGGUUCCAGUCUUGGUCAGCCACCACUAAGUUACAUGUCGACCAAAUAACAGAGAAAGGAUCUCGUGCUUUCCUGGUGUAUAUGACAAAUAACCUCUUCUCAGACUUCCAUCUGCAUACAGGUGUGGAUUUUAACCAACAUUUUGAUAACUGCUACCUUCAUCAGGGUUGAUGCCUGGGCAUGUCUAGUCCGGUGGUAUUUAUACCUUCAUUAUCCGUCCCUCCUGAUCGAUUAGUCCUCAUCCAAUCGCGUUUCCACUGUCCUAAUCAAUCAGGAGGGAUGGACGAUGAAGGUAUCAUUAAGAGUUUCCAGUUUUGGGUGUACCAUCUAACAAUAUCAGUGUCAUGUAAAACCACAGUGCUGGCAAUUAUCUGUGGUAGGGAGUCCUAAUUUGGAGCACCAAUUUGUUUC